CAGCGGCACCCCACCAUCCCCUGCAGAGGGCGACAUCAUCAUUGCAGCUGUCAUUCACUCUAAGCUUCGCGACGCGUGCCAUUCAUGCUGCUGUGCAUUCUUUCGCCGUCAUAACCAAAUUGCUGGGAACCUGUAUCAAACGCUUGAUGCCUCUUCAUAAUCCUCCUAUUUGCUUUCCUGAAUGCGCCUUCAUUCUUGUUCUCGAACUGCAGUUUUCUUCAUUCCAUUUACCUCUUGGCAACCUGCUGCUGCCUUCCCCAACUGCAUUCGAUCGUUGACAACUAUAAAUCCACAAACCCUCCACACUGUUCAGGCUUAAUUCCGAUCGCUUCUGCCUCGAGGCUUUUUCGCCACCCGCACUCAAUCGCCAAAAUCUCAUAUAAACUGGCGCUACCUCUUCUUUGGAAUUCGAUAAUCUUUUUCCGAGUGGAUUAAAUGCGCCUCGGCUAGGUUGCUAUCGGAAUAUCAACUUGGGGAUUGUACCUUUGUUCAAGUCCCUUGACACCGUUGCUCUGAUGCGCCAACCGGACUGCUCUUUCAUCUCAUCAGUUUUGUAGUUGGACAAGUACUUGGAACGAGUCCAGCGAUCGCAAUCACAAUGCCGGGACAGCGGCGCAGGCAAGAGGUCCCGAUUGAAAGCUCCUGGCGCAUGGUGGAAGGCGAGCACGACAGCUUCGAUACUUCUAUCGUCCCAGACGACGAAGAUUUGUACCUCUCCAGUCAACCGUCGCAACUCUCAUCAGGAUCGCAAGGUCAAAGUUUUGGCAACUCUCAGGACGACAGCCUCCAAUCAUUUCUCAGCAAGGCCGAGGACGAGCAGGUCAUUCUUAGGUCACCAUUUCGGCCAUCUGUUCCAUCCUCGAUUAGGCACCCGUCCAGAGAGACCGUGAAACACCGCUCGCCGGAUCCUGAAUUCGUCAUGCCUUCCGUGGAGAUCGAUAGCCCGCGACGGGGAGGCACCAGGUCCUCCGCACAUGCGCGGAGUGUGGAAAAGACCUUCCUACGCCGGAGGCAGGUCGCAGACGAGCCUAGCGGCCUACGUCACGAGUAUGAUCAGAGACAUGCACAGGAUGGCCAGCCAGGUCUAGGUGAUAAGCUCGGCCAGUCACUGCCCUCAGCGGUUCUCAACGUGCUCUCUUGGGGUUUUGGCAUCAUUGGCUUGGCGUUCCGAUAUGCGCAGAAGCCUUUGGCCUUCGUGCUUGCAGUUUAUCUCUUCUUUGGGGGUCUUAUCAUCGCCCAGAACAUGGCGACCAAGUCGAUUGCAACAUCCAUGUCUCCUCUUUGUCGCGUCCCCGGCGUCUCAUGGCUGAAUUUGCCCUUCUGCCCCAUGGUUGUACCACCUGAUCAGAAUCAACCUGGUGGAAAAGUUGAGUUCGAUGGCUUGAUGAAUAUCCAGGAAAGCUUCGAGGAGGUUCUAGAAAAGAGCGCAAACGGAGUUUCUUUACCCAUGGAGAUGAAGCGUUCUGAAGCCUCUAUCAGGGACUUGCGUACAAUGGUGCGCUACAGCAACCUACAAAGUAAAGAGGAGCUUGUAUUGGAGUUUGAUGGGUUCAUCGACACAGCCAAGGUUGCCUCAAACAACCUCCAAAGAUUCAACACCCAUGUCGGCUCAGCAGUUGACUCCGUCAUCAGCAUCAACCGGUGGACAUCACGGUAUAUUGACAGCCUUUCGACAGAUCGCGGAUCACAAGGGUGGAUUCAAGACUUUGCGCACUGGGCCUUUUCACCAUUCCAGCCUGCGGUAUUCUCGGAGCGCGUUUUGCUAGACAAGUACGUCGAGCAUACGGCGCUCGUAUCAGAAAAGAUUGCGGACUUGAUUGUCGAGGCGCAAGCAGUCCUUCGCACUCUGUCAAAGGCAGAGGAUCAUCUGGGAAUCAUUUACGACUUCGUCACACGCACUCAAAAGUCGGUGCAGUCGCGCAAGGACGACAUUCUCUGGACGCUCUGGACGCUCGUCGGCGCCAACAACAAACACCUUCAUAACCUCAACGGACAGCUCUCUCUUCUGAAGAAGGUCGAUGCACAGCGAAGCAGCGCGGUCAGGCAGGUGUCAGAUCUCAUCACAGAGUUGGAGAAGAUCCAGGCGGGUCUAGAUGAUCUGAGAGACAGAGUCGCCGAACCAGAAGUGGCUAGAGUGAGCGGGAAGACGGAUAUACCUCUUCGCGUCCAUAUCGAGACGAUAGAUCGCGGCGUCGAGAGGCUGGAGCUUGCGAGGAACCGCAUCCGAGCGUUGGAGAAUGAGAGGAUUGCGCAAGUCUUGGCGCGAAACCCGAAGAAGGAUAAAAUGAUUGAUUCUACAUGAGCAACAAGUGAAGUCGCGUGGCAUCGCACUUAAAUGGUGGCCCGGUUGGAUUGCGACAAAUUUCCCCUGAACUGGACACAAAGGUCCGGUAAACAAUGACGAGAAGAACCGCACGUGCGAAAACGACUACCUAGACAAGACCCUGAUUUUUUUCUUGUUUCCUCUGGAGUUCUGGAGCAGUGAUGGGAUGGAUUAUGAUACAAAGAACAGAGACUAUACUUGGGCUAAAAGCAAGCAGACCGUGGACGGUUCAGAUGCUAGGAUUAUUUUUUGUGAGGAUAAAGACGACUGGAUAUGAAAUGAAUUUGGAAUUCCGAGGGCAGACUUGAUCUAAUAAUACAAACCAAAUGUUUAUUUGGUACCAUGCAUUUGAGGUGUGAGUUG